CGGCCCCUCCGCCGGCCGAGGGCAGGGCCGGGGCCGCCUCAUAUAAGCUCGGCGGCUGCCAGCAACAACCUAGCGGCAAACCUCGCCGUGCUAGUGACUGUCUCCUUCCGCAGCAGCGACUCCCGGCUCUCUUCCUCCGUCCCGCCCGCUCCGGGGCGGUGUGAUGUGAGAGGAGCCCCGCGGCUUCCCCUCCUCCGCCCCCCGCAACCCCCGCUUUCAGCGGGGCGCGGAAGCCAUGUUCCCCCUGGACUCCACCUGGAAUAUCUCCUUCGCCGGCUGCGGCUUCCUGGGUGUCUACCACGUCGGGGUAGCCAGCUGCCUGCAGGAACAUGCCCCCUUCCUCGUCGCCAACGCCAGGAAGGUCUACGGCGCCUCAGCCGGGGCGCUCACCGCCACCGCCCUCGUCAGCGGCGCCUGCCUCGGUGAGGCUGGUGCCAGCAUUAUUCGAGUGUCAAAAGAAGCCCGGAAGAGAUUCUUGGGCCCACUCCACCCAUCUUUCAACUUGGUGAAGAUCAUUCGGAUCUGCCUGUCCAAGACUGUGCCAGAGAAUGGGCAUGAGGUUGCAGCGGGACGUUUGGGUAUUUCCCUGACACGGGUCUCUGAUGGAGAAAAUGUGAUACUGUCUGACUUCAAUUCCAAGGAGGAGCUGAUCCAGGCCUGUGUCUGCAGCACCUUUAUCCCUGUCUACUGUGGGCUGAUACCUCCAACCUUGCGUGGAGUGAGAUAUGUUGAUGGAGGGAUUUCUGACAACUUGCCACGAUAUGAGCUGAAAAACACAAUCACAGUCUCUCCAUUCUCAGGAGAGAGUGAUAUCUGUCCACGGGACAGUUCCACAAACAUGCAUGAGCUGAGAGUCACCAAUACAAGCAUCCAGUUCAACCUUCGCAACCUCUACCGCCUCUCAAAGGCCCUGUUUCCUCCGGAGCCGCAGGUGCUGCGGGAUAUGUGCAAGCAGGGCUAUCGGGAUGCACUACACUUCCUGAAGAAGAAUGGUCUCCUUCAUCGUCCAAGUCCUGCCCGUCCUCUCCUUGCCAUAGAAGCACCCCCAGGAGAGAAGAAAGAGGAAGAAACAGAAGAUGAGGACCAACUAGAGGACAAUACUGCCCUUGCUGUUGUUGAAGAGCACAUCUUCGAACACUUGCCUCCCAGACUGAACCAAGCUCUUCUGGAGGCUUGUGCCGAAAGAAGAAGUUUCUUGACUGGCAUCACCAACAUGCUGCCUAUACGUGUUGCCACAGCAAUGAUGGUCCCCUAUAUGCUGCCCCUGGAGUCUGCAGUUUCCUUCACUGUCAGGUUGCUGGAAUGGCUCCCAGAUAUCCCUGAGGAUAUUAGAUGGAUGAGGGAGCAGAUAACUGAAAUCUGCAACUAUCUUAUGAAGAAAGCCAAGAAGAAACUGGGUAGCCAUCUUUCAGCCAGGCUUUACUAUCACCUGGAGCUUGGAGGGCCCCAGAGCCUGCCCAUUUCUUCCACAUCGGCCUGUGGUGAAGCACUGCCUAUGUGGAUGAGAAGCAACCGUUCCCUCUCUGAUGUCAUGAUGAAGUGGGAGGAGUACCAGCGCCAGCUCAUGCUGGGCUUACUCUGCAUCAAUGUGGACAUGCAGGCCUCCCUCUUCCCUCGGGAAGGGUUUCAGAUAAAGCUUCCACCUCUAGACUGUGCGAAAGAGUGCCUGCCACUCUUCUGAGCCUGCUGCCGUGAGGGAAUAAGGGUGGGUGGGAAGGGGAGUGGACGUAGGUUAGGACCAGUCUCAUCUCUCAGCAGCGGGCUGCCCUGUGCUCCUGAACAUGCUGCAAAGGGGAUUUCCCUGGGAUAGAGACUGGUGGAAUUGACUGUAGCCAUUUGUUGCCCGCUGGGCCAGGCAGGGGAUCUCUUGUGUUCAAAGACACACAUGGGCUGAUACCUUGCUCUAGACUUGUGUUGAGGCCUGGCCAUUGCCCAUGUCCAGGCUGAUGCAGACCCAGCUGGGCUUUCCCAAAUAAUGCACUUUGAAUUGCUGUUGGCUUUUUACCACCAAAUAAUCAGGACAUAGAUGAUGCUCUCACGUUCAUACAGCUUUUAGCUUCCUUUGUUUUUUAGAGCAUUAGUCUUGUUUUUUCUUAAAUCAUCUGAUAUCCCUUAGCUCUUUGUGCUACUGAAAGAUGAAGUAGCCUCUUGCCAAACCAGUUUUUCUCAUGGCUUCCAAAUCUCCUCUUGACUUCAUUCUUUGCUGAAGCCAUGUCCUUUCCUCUGUCCCUUAACUGCAUCCCCACUGGAAGCUGGAGCUGGCCCUGCUGCAGACUGCACUGGGACUGCAGAAAUGUAGAGAAGUUAUGUAUUUAUCCUGAUUCAUGUUGUCACAGUCUCUCCCUUUUUUAUUUUUGUCCUCGUGGUACUGCUGCAGCUUGAACUCUGAGUGUUAAGUAAGUCAUUAAGCCUAUUUAGAGAAGUAAUUUAGACAGAUUUUUUUUUUUUCCAGGGAAACAUGGAAUUUGAGGCCCCAUUCCUGUCACUGUGAAUGGAAUUAGUGUGGGGUUGCCCUGGAAAAGCUCAGCCUGACUAUCUCGGGAUCAGCUUAGCAGCUGAAGCAAUAUGAAGUGCUUGUAGGAAGGUGAGAUUGUGCAGGGCAUGUUAUUUUGAGUGGCUUGUGGUGGAGUGUCCCAGCAAGUGCUGGAGAAGUGGCUGCCUCUGACAGGGCUUGGGCUUUGUGCCUUAAGGGACUGUCCAACUGAAGGAAAUUCCAAGUGGGUGAUACAGAAGGGAUCUCCUGCCAAACUGGGGCUUGGCUCUGUCUUUUGCUCAAAGACUUUGGAUGUUGAGGCUUUGGAGUGAGAAGGAUUUAGGCUUGUAGGUAUACCAGCCUCACAGCUUGCCUGUCUCAUGUUGUGGCUCACAGGUACAGCUCUGCAGCUGGCAAUAGCAGGAACAUCAGAAGUGGAAGUGAAGUUAGGAGUGGUGGUGCACAUGCAGCCCACGUGGAACUGGCUAUGUUUGUCUUGUCCCUUAAAAGAUCAGAGCUAGUGGGUCUGUAGCAGGGCAGGACUGUGCCUUGUCAGGUACUGCCUUGUCAGUGGUCUCGUGGUGACUUGCUGUGCAGAAGCAUGAACUCUCUGUUCUUCACAGGGUGAGACAUGGCUUCCUGUGGGAGUUGCAUGAACUUAAGCUUAAGUACUUGCACUAUGACACAAAACCAGCUCCUGGUGUCUUUUUCUGCAGCGUGUCUAGCUGCAUGAGGCAUGUUCUACUUCUCCUAGCACAAACAGCAUGCAACCAGCCAAAGCAAGCAUAUGCUGUCUUUGCUGGGGAGCAGGACAGCUGCUGAAGCUGAUUACAUAGCCUAUACAUGGAAUAGUGAUUUAUAAUCGAUUCUUCUGCACCUUUGAUUUAGAAAGGGAAAAUAACCCCAGAAGUUCUACUAGUAGCUGGAGAAUGUAGUGAGUCUGCUUGAUCGCAUCUGCACGAGCAGUGUGGGUGAGGUGGUGGGUGCUGUUUCCUACCAGUACAAUUGUGCACUGGGCAUGGGUUUGAGUGUUUGUGGUAGAGACUGUGAUAAGUAUCAGGACUUUCCUGUGGUGGCUGUUGGAAGCUGGGAGGCAAUAGACUGGGCAGCUGUGGUGCUAACUGACUGUUGGGGAGACACCAGUGCAAAUACGAACUUGUGACUUAGGAGUAUCACCUAUGUAACACAAGGGCCUGCAUAGCUUAUGAAGCAGGCCUGCGCUUAAUGCAGUCAGAUUUAGUCUUAAGCUUCACAUAGUUAAGGCAAUUAGGGAACAGGGAAGUCACUACAGGAAGAGAAAAAAUUGGAGGAUUCUGAAACCAGAAUAGGAAUAUUGGAUUAUAAAACAAGUCAAUCCUGUGAUUGUCUAAAGCCUGCAGGAAAAGCUUACUGCUAGAUGGUUAUAACUCUAAUCGAAGUGAACCAGCAACAAGCUACUGUCAGGAUGAAUUUGAUGAAAAUUGGAGUUGAGAAAAGGUGUUUAUUUUCAGGUUUGGUGUGGGAUUUCUUUUCUUCCACUGCUUUGGGCAACCUUCUUUGGGGCAGUGGCACGUGCAUGGCUGCUUAGUUUGCCAAAUGGGUCUCUCUUGUCCCUAAUGCACACAGAGCAAUUGGCAAGAACAUAUAGUUAUUUAAUGGCAAGAAGUGAAGGCAUUUAAUCCAGAAGCAAAACAUCUUUGAGGGGCAAAGCUGGAUAAGGAAAAUCUUGUGCUUAGAAGCUGCAGCCCUUUUGACUCUGCCUUGUUUGUGUUAAUAUAUGGGUGGAGAAAAUGAUGCAACUAUGUUUUUUAUCCCUUCUUCCUGGACUGUAAAACCACUGAGUGAUUAUGUAAACCACUAAACUAUGAAACAAAAUUCUCUUGGCAACAGAGUACACUAAGAAAUUGCAGCUUGGCACCCUUAUCCCCUACAUCUCCUCUGUUCUCCUUUUGCAUCAGAACUGACUGGGCUGGUGCCACUGUCUUCCAGUGCUCUGAUCCAGAAGGCUUGCUGGUUCUGGUCCACGCAUUUCAAGAGGCUAAAUGCUGUGCCUGAUAAAAGGCCUGAGUUUCAUUCUGUGUUUCACCUCAUCUGUCGUUUAGUUUAUUAUAUUAACCUCUCAAAGAGAAGCUUUUGUACACUUAUAACUGUAACCACAGACCAAAGCCUGGCUUUAAAUAUAAAGGUCUAACUCUUCAGGGAGGAAACUCCUCUUUUCCCUAUGCUAAUUUGCAGGGUAUGAAGGGAUACUGGGAAAGCACCACUCCGUAUUAACCCUUUAUUUGCCUGUGUUUAUUCCCCAAGUGAUGCAAUGGCUGUUGUGUGAUAGCUUGUUGGCUUUAUAGAUUUAAGCUCUGAUGAAGAAACUGCAGAUCUGUCAAAAACACCUCAAACUACCCUUCUCUUCCUUAAGAGAAGUUUCAUGCAUUUGCUUGAAAUUCUUGCUGCUCAUUUAUCGCACUGCAAAGGAUGAAGAAAGCAGGGAAGAUCAUCUUGCCCUCUGAUGCAGAAAAAGGGCUGUGGCUGCUUUUGAAAAUAGCUUUUUGUUAUGCAGUGCUGCCUUAUUUAGAUUAGACUCCACUUUGAAAUCCCUGGAAACCUUGUGAUAGGCUCUGGAUUGGAUAUGGAGGGAUUUAUUGUGAUAGUGCUAACUGGAGUUCUUCAAGCCUUUGUUCUAUGUGUACCUCAUGGCAUGCGUUAUCUUCUGGGCAGCAGUUGCUGAUUAAUCUACACUUGUGAAGUUCAUAGGACAAGGUAAUCAUCUGUAGCAGUCAGUCCCUUCUUCAGCAAAAUGUGUGGCUGGGCAGCCCAGCGGGUAGUUGCCAGGGCCUGUCUGCUCUCCAGUACAUGGUAGUUGAGAGGUCAGGUUCCUGGACCAAAAGUUCAUCUUGCAGUCCAUGUCCAACUGUCCUUGCACUCACUUGAACUCUGCAAGAGUCCCAACCCUUGCUGUUUCCACUGUUUCACAUAAAGGGUCUGUGCAUUCAGGAAUCCACUUUUUUUUUUCUCCUUCCUGUGAUACUACUGCUGCUUUUAACAAGGGUAAUGGUGAACUUCUUGUGCAUCUAACCAGCCCCUAACCUGUACAGCACUGUAGAGUUGUUUUAUGUUGUGUGCAACAGUCUGUAUCUAUGGCAUGUUCUGUAAGCCACAAUUUGUGUGUGCUAUGUUGGGUUUGGUUUGCUGCCUGCCCUACUGUUAAUACUGUUGCAAGCUGAUUUUCAAGGGGUAGGAGAAAAUACUUCACUUCUGACCACUAUCUAUAGGACCUAGGAAUUGUUUUCUUGUGACUUCUUGGAGGGAUGUGUACCUGCAACACUCGGCUCAGAGAAUAAAAGAGAAUUUGCUGUCUGCCAGCACUGGGUUGUCCCUAGUACUUAUUGUAUAUUCCCCAGUGGUUUUGUCCAUUUAAAAAAAUGAAUCUAGUAAUUCACUCUCUCCUCUGAGAGAAGAGCUCUCACUUUCACCAAAGUGGUUGUGGGAGAAAUACCUGAAACUCCUUGUGCAUGUUUCCCUUAGGGGUCCAUUUCUGCUAAACUCAUGCUAGAUGUGGCAGGGCUGAGCGUUGCCAAAGUCAGAGGGCCUUUCCAACAGUUUUCUCAAGCUUUGUUUCCGUCUUCCCCUUAAAUCAAUGAGAGAAUGGACCACCUCACCUGGCUGCCACGUCAGCCAGUUCAUUUGUGCCAAACAUACCCUGUGCCUUUAUGGUGGGUUCUGGCCUGCCUGCCCUCCAUGUCCCUGCGGUGUCUGCCUUUCUGAAUGUAGUGGUACUUGCUCCCCUUUCCUCUCCCUCCUUCCCCUUGCCUACCAGUGGGAUGUCGCUCUGUUUGCAAUCUGCAGGCAGCUUUGCUAGGACAGUCCCUAACUGCAUCCGUCUCACUGUGUGGAUCCACAUCAGUCCUCCUGCACAGGGAGGGGAAACCUCUUAAUUCCAAACAGAAGGCUUAGAAAUGUAACUUUUGAAAUAAAUACCUCUUUCUUCUGGGAUUUUCUCUUGCUCUUGAAAACAGCAUCUAAAGCAGCUCUUUGAGCUAAAUGUGUCCUGGGACUCCACUGCUGUCACUGAGUUUGAGAAGACCCUUAAGCACACAAUGCGCGUGGAGAUCCUGUGGAAAUUGCUGAUGUUGGAGCAGCAACUAGACCAGCAACAGCCUACGCAAUUCAUGUAUUUACAUGGCAAUGUCACUAAGUAGUGUUCACAGUCACUUUAAAAGUUCAGUAUUAAAUCAUUAAUGCUUUUUUUUUUUCCUCAUGUUUCUUUUUUUCUAAUGUUUUGCUGAAGAAAAUGUAACUAUUUAUUUUAGCAGAAAUAUAUCUUCUAAUAAAAACUUUCUCAAUAUA